AAAAAUUCUUUGAGCGUAUAAAUUUGCGGGUUACGGUCGAUAGCAUACAACCGAAGUUCUGGCCGCAAACAAUUGAUAUCAUGGGAGAACAGCCGAUAUGGACCACGCGAGCUCAGGUAUUCGAAAUCGAUCGAACGACAAAAACAAGCUGGAUUCCAUGCACAAAACAGACCGUUUCGAUAUCGUUUUAUCACGACCCGAAUCGCCAAACCUACAGGAUUAUAUCUGUGGAGGGCUCGAAGGCGAUUUUGAACAGUACAAUUACCUCGAAUAUGGUAUUCACAAAAACUGCACAAAAAUUUGGUCAGUGGUCAGAUCCUAAAGCUGGAACUAUAUAUGGCGUAGGAUUUCCUAAUGAAGAUGACCUUAAUAAGUUUGCAGAAACAUUCAAGGAAGCAAAUGGUGCAGUAAAAUCUUUGGACAAUAAGUCAGAUAAUUCGAAUAAUUCACCACAGACAACCACAGUUCAUAAUGGCACUGCACCCAAGCCAAUCAAUAGAUCAUCCUCAAUGAACAGUAAUGGCUCUACAGGGUCUGGAAAUCAGGAGGAAGUAUCUUCAACCACCAAUGGCUCCAAAGCAUUGUCAAGUUCUAUGGAUGCUCAAUUAAAAUAUGAAAAUGACAAAUUGAAACUAGCAUUGGCUCAAAGCUCGGCCAACGCCAAGAAAUGGGAAACAGAAUUACAAAAUUUACGGAACAACAACGCUCGACUCACGACAGCCUUGCAGGAAAGCACGUCGAACGUUGAAGAGUGGAAAAAACAACUUCUCUUGUAUAAAGACGAAAAUUCACAUCUCAGAACAAGGGUUCAAGAACUUGAAUUUCUUCAGAGGGAAAGUGGAAAGUCAGUUGGUAAUGUUACCCAGUUAGAAUCAGAAAAAAUGUCCUUGCAACAUAAAAUAGGCAUUUUGGAAAAGUCGCUGGAACAACAGUCACAGGAAAUUGCUGGGAUGACUUUACAAUUGAGUGAAUUGCAGACCUUAAAAUUAACCAACAAUGAGUUAGCAGAUCGAGUGCGGGAACUGAAAGCGGAAAACGAGCGGCUUAGAACGGCCUCGCAAGAAUUUACAACAAAGCAACGGACGAUGGCCGAACAGGAAGGAAAACUGGCCGAACUUCGAGAACUAUUUACAAAACUGAACACUCGUUUCACUGAGAUAAACAACAUACGGGAAUUGAUGCAAAAGAACUUAGAGGUUUAGAAUCGAAGUGUGUUAUGUAACUUGCUUUGCCUUUGUUGAAAUGAGGUUGAGCUGAAAGACAUGGUGAUCAAAAAGCACAAUCAUUUUUUCAUUCGCGAAUAAGGAGACGAUUAUAUUUUCGCAUGAAGUAUUGACGCCAUCUGUAGUGUUUGCGAUAUACUGGUCACAAUCACUAUUAAUCCGUCCUUUUUUCAUUGCUUUCAAAUGCUUGUUUAAAAUAUCUCAUGUCAUCUUGCCAUGAUGUUUUUGCCUGAGUCACACUUGUUUGGAACAUUUAUGAACAGGAAACUUUAUUCGCAUCAUUAACAAUAUGGAAUGAAUGUUUUCAUCUACAAUGAGAUCUACUUUGGAAUUUUCAUCUACAUUUUUCAUCGGAAUUAGAAAACUUCAAAAACGUGGGAACAUUUUAGCUAAGUGAAUAUAGAAUUUAAAAAACCCUCCAAUACAAUUACAAAUUCAUAAAAAAUUAACCUCCAAUUUACAAAUUCCUAUAACAACCUGCAGCUUCAAUUGCAAUUUGACAUACUUUUUAUUCACGUUAAACUUUCCAGUGCGAUGAAUUCUAUUAUGUUUUUACGGAAAUAAAUAUUGCUGCAACUUGGCAUCUCAUUUGACCAGAAAUGUAUCAACUUUUAGUCCAUCAUCGUUUGGUUUAAUUAAUAUGCUACACAAGAUAUAUAAUCUCAGUUGUAUAUA